AUGAUGAUGUCUCACGUUGAUCCGGAACAAAACGCUUACGAGCCCGAAAACGCCCUGCUGUGGCCGUACAGAACGAACCCGUUGGUGUUGCCCGGAGCCAAGGUCAAGAGGGAUCCGCCCAAGACCGUGUCAUACUUACGCCACCACCCGAAUCCGAUGAUGAGAGCGCAUCCGUCACACCAUGAUCAACCCAUGGACACGUUGAUGAAACAAAAGGUCACGGACACGGUGUUGCAACGGAUAAGCAGCGAGGAGGCUAAGACAAGACCCGGUAGACAGGUGGUACACAAACAGUUCAACUCGCCAAUCGGUCUUUACUCUGAGGAAAACAUCGCUCACUCAAUCAAAUCGCAAACAGGAUACACUCCGCACAAGAAGACUGUGCAGUACGAUCCAGCUAAAUCUGAAACCUACAAGGCGAUUCAAGAAUCAGAACAUGGAGACUUCCACGCUCAAGAGAUAUCGAAGCCAGUGCAACCAAAAGUGUUCACGCCUGUCCAAGGAACGGUAAAAAAAGCUCCGAUUAGCAACGGCCAUGGACAUCCAAAUCAUAAUAAGUUGUCAGCUCCCUAUCAUCCAAAUCCAGGACGUGUAUCUCCACAACCACAUCCAACUGCUCCACACCCAAAUGCCAAUUACGUUUCCACUGAUGAAAUCCAUCAAAGUGGCAGUUUCAAGCGCUUGAUGCACAUGGUUAUGACCGAAAACUAA